GGCAUUGCACAUCACCCUGCUUCCCCAAUCGCCUUUAUUUUCUAGCAAUGGGGAAGCUACUCUACCGACAACCACGCACUUGGGGAAAUUGUCUAGACGAGGAUGGUAUACAUUGGGGGAGCUUGUCGCAGCUGCUCCUUUCAUGUUCAUGCAGCUGACAUAAAGGCCAAUCUUCUGGAACGCGGCCACGGGGUAGGAUUCUUCAGACGCUCGUCGCCUUACCAGAAAGCAGGAUCUGAAGGACUAUCACCAUGGCUGUUAACGCGUACAAUUUCCUCAUCGUCUACUUGGUGACCUUCGGGUCUUUGACUUAUGGCUACAAUUCCGCCAUCAUUGGCGCCGUUAUCGGUCUUCCGUCCUUCUUCGAAUACUUCAACAUCGACAUCAAGUCAAACGAUGGGUCCCAAAUCACUGGAGCCACCAACGGUCUCUUCGCUGGUGGUGGCCUUCUCGGCUGCUGGUUCAUCACUUGGCUCGGUGACAAGGUUGGCAGGAAGAGGUCAAUCCAGAUCACGGCCUCUAUCUGCAUCGUAGCUGGCGCUCUACAAGCUGGUUCCGUCCAUAUUGCCAUGUUUUUGGUUGCCAGGUUCAUAAUGGGCUUUGGCGUCGGUAUGGUCAAUGUUAUCACUCCGCUUUACCAGUCAGAGAUAUCUCCUGCCAAAUCAAGAGGACUCAUGGUCGGAUCGCAUGGAUUCGUGCUGUGCAUCGGCUAUGGUCUGGCUGGCUGGACUGGCUAUGGCUGCUACUUCCUAAAAAGCCAAGUGGCACAGUGGCGUCUGUGCCUUGCUCUUCAGAUUGUUCCGCCUCUCUGCCUCUUGAUCGGGUCUCCAUGGCUUCCUGAAUCUCCUCGACACCUUGUUGCAACUGAUCGCCUGGAGGCUGCUUUCGCGAUCCUCAAAAGCCUGCACCAUAUACCCGGUGAUGAGGAUGACACGAUUGCGCAUGAAGAGCUGUACCAGAUCCGUCAGCAACUGGAGCUCGAAAGGCGUGAAGGCUUAGGACAGGGCUGGAUCAAGGGCUGGAUCGUCCUCUUCUCAAGAAAGUCGUAUCGAAAGCGCCUGCUGUUUGGCUUCCUGCUGCUUGGGUUAGUGCAAUCGACAGGCUGCCUCGUAAUCAACAAUUACCAAGUGCUGUUGUACAAUGGCCUUAGCCUCUACGGCGCUAUGCCUCUGAUGCUCUACGCCAUCUGGGACACCUGGGCUGCCUUCAUGAACUUCAUCAACGCAAACCUGCUCGAUAGGGUCGGCCGCAUUCCCAUCAUGGUUGUCGGACAGAUUGGUUGUGCAGUCUCGGUCGCUGGUUUCGCGGCUUGUCUCGCAAGAUAUGGUGGUACUGACAACAAGAUCGGCAACGGAUUUGGCGUGUUCUUCCUGUACCUUUUCGUUACUUUCUUUGGAGGCAGUAUGGACGCCUCAAGCUACGUAUACGCAUCCGAAAUCUUCCCCACGUCGAUUCGUGCUCAGGGCGCCGGGUUCAGUGUCUCGGGAUUGUUCUGUUUCAGCCUGAUCUACACUAUGAGCGCUCCUGUUGCAUUCAACAAUAUCGGCUGGAAAUAUUACCUGAUAUUCAUCAUUGUGCCGCUAUUCGGAGCGGCGCUCAUGUACUUCUUCUACCCUGAGACUAAAGGGCUCGCCCUCGAAGAGAUUGCAGCCAAGUUUGGAGACGAGGUUGCGGUUGACUUGUCCCAUCUCUCAGCCGAGGAAAGAGCCAGACUCGACAAGACUCUCGUUAAUUCGGAAGUUAUGGAAAUGGAACAUGCAAGCAAGGCAUGAUUGCAGAGGUUUCGACAGGUUGGGCAAUCUGCGAAGGCGAUAUCUCGUCCUGAACAAGGGACAUGUUGGUGAAGGCUGUAAUUCCAGGCAAGGCGUUGCGGGCUCAGAAUGCAGGCAUCCCUCAGUAUUCCAUCGGAGCCCAGAUACAUGGAGGAGUGGGAUCAUAU